AUGGCCCCUCCUUCCAAGCUCGCUAUAGCAACCGGCGUUGUGCUCCGCUUGGUCAAAGAAGAAGCAAGCUACCACAAAGAGAUCGAGCAGCAAGAAGCGCGUGUCAAGAAGGCUGAAGAGAACAAAGGCGACGAUAAUGGCGAGUACACGCUCAAGCAAGAGCGCCAAGCACUCCAGGAGACCAAGAACGUGCUGCCGGCUAUGAAGAUCAAGAUUGAGCAGGCCCUCGAGAAGUUGGAAGAAGAGCUUGAGAACAACAAGGAGGCGGAUGGUGCGGCUUCAACCGACGAAGUCACAAAGGCAAAGGACGCCCUCGCACAGGGAAAGGCUGCCCUGCAGGAAGCUUCGUAA